UUCACGAAGGAGAGGUUUACUAAAGGAAGGCUUGUCCACCGCCGAAGUACGACAAGUCCGUGCAACGUGCCCCUCCCUCUACUUCGCCCUUGCGCGAUCAAGCAUUCAAAUGAUGGCUAUCCCCAUGAUGUUCGCAUAUGCCCUCCGAUGUUGCAAGUCUCAUCGUGUCGCUGGCUCGGUGGUGGAUUGUGUGCAGAUUGGUGCCUCGUCGAGCCAUAUACCCACGCGAGAAGGCCGAGUUCCGACGUCCUCCAGCAGCAGCGCGGCCGUUGGCACACGAGCCGUUGUCGGAAUGUGCAGACGCCAUGAGGCACUGCCUCGCCUUCCUGUCGCCCUUCGAGCGCCGCGCGCUGUCUCGGACCCACCACUGUUUGGCUGGAGCCGAGUGUGACGUCCACGCUCACCUGGCUUCUCGCCGGCGCGAUUUUGAGGCGAGGGCCGAGGUUCGAAACCCCGACUGGCAGUGCCCACCAAGCCACGAUCUAUUCUUCUUCUUCGCAGGCAAUCUGCUGAUAUCCUUGUCGAACUUGGCGUACAUGGGCUACCUGGGCCAGCGCAUCGGCAGCAGCGUGAGCUUCUGUGUGCUCCCACUGGGGAUAUUUUGGUGCUGGGUCUCGGUGGACACUGUCUGGAGAUUGGCUUGUGCACUACGUUGGAGCGUGCGUGCAAGAGUUCUUGCCGAGCUGGCGCCGUGUCAAGUUGAAACCGGCCUUUGAUUUGAGCUCAGACCUCCUCACGUAAUGAAGAACAACAAGAACCGGUCCCAGGGAGUGGGUCGAGACCUUUGGAGGUCGACGUCAUGAACAAGUCGUGACGCCGGGGUCUUGUAAAUAGGGAUAUGUUCGUGUAGCCUCGCAGAUAAUCUUAACAAUGGCCGCGCGUGUCUGAAGACACCCGCCUUGUUACUGUCUCACUCUUUGGGACUCGGGGGGGCGCAGGAUAGGAGCCCAGAGGUGAGAGCGAGGACUCUGGCCUUGUGGUAGAUCCUGCGGAACGCAGGUAGGAGCCGUCUGCUCUCCGGACGCCUUCUAGAUAGGCAUCAAAGGUAUCAGAGGGCAACCACAGCAGCAUGAGCGACAGCGGCGGCAGACAUUUGAAGAUCGCUCGCUCGUGCGUGCGCGCCGGUGCUCCAAGGGCACAGUUCCUCCCCUAGGCUUCGUUCCUAGUUCCUACCCCAGGCUCGACUGUCGCAGCCCGGCUCGUGCGGCGUUCCGGGCCCGCUCGGCGACUCUGCCCAGCAGCGCCCGGCCGAGCCAGCGGCUUCGAGCCUGGUGGUCGUUUCAAGCGCCGGGACAAGUAUCCCGCAAGCGCACCCGGCCGGCCCGCCUCUGCAGAUCGGGCGCGCGUCACCCGCGGUGCGCCCGGGGAGGGUUGCACCUCUUGGGCCGAGUUCAUCGGGCCCGCUGCCUUCGAUCCGGAUGCCGGGCGGUGAAAGGUACACCCCUCGGCGGCGCGGGCCUCCUCCUCCUCCUGCCUCCGCCUCCUCCUCCUCCUCCUCCUCGUCC